AUGUCUAGUAGUGUGCCCAAGAUCAAAUCUGCCCUCGUGAUUGGGGGCUGUGGCUCGCUUGGUCAUUAUACCGUCAAGCAGCUUCUCAAGCUGGAGCCGGUGCCUCGAGUCUCCGUGUUCGAUAUCCAGACCGGGCACAAUCGAGUAGUCGGUGUCGAGUAUUACGAUGUAGAUAUCACAGACAAGAACCAAAUCUCUUCCGCACUUAAUAAAGCACGCCCAGAGGUCAUCUUUCACACGGCCUCGCCACCUGCUGGCCUAUCGGAUCUUCCACUUUAUAUGAGAGUCAAUGUUGAAGGUACACGUAAUUUAGUUGGGUGUGCUAGAAAGCUAGAUGUGAAAGCGUUCGUGUACACAUCCAGUGCCUCCGUUGUGCACGACUCAGUCAGUGACAUGACCGAGGGUGAUGACUCUCUCCCCCUCCUCUACCUCCCAGACCAGACAGAAAUCUACUCGCACUCCAAAGCAGUGGCCGACCAACUUGUCCUUGAUGCCAACAGUACCACCCCAGGCGGUAUGCUAACAACAUGCAUCCGGCCCUCGAUGAUAUUCGGAGAGGGCGACGCGACCACUAAAGCGCUUGUGGAACGCGCCGCAGAAGGAAAAUAUAAGUGGCAGAUUGGCAAUGGCAAAAAUCUCUGCGACUGGACGUUCAACGAGAAUGUGAUCCAUGCGCAGUUCCUGGCCGCGGAAGCUCUGCUAAACGCACAUGGCCAGAUGCUAGCAUCCGAGGACAUGCUUGUUGCGGGCCAGGGAUUCAUCAUCACGAACGAUGAGCACAUUUCGUUCUGGAAGUUCGCUCGGCUAAUAGGAAGUGCGGCUGGAUAUCCUACCAGGGAGGAGGAUGUACGAUCAAUGCCGAAAGUGGUAGGACUUAUGAUGGCAGCAAUCGCUGAAUGGGUGACUUGGAUCAUAUCCUUUGGAAGGCAGAAGUCGGGACUGAACCGAGUGGGCAUCAAGUUCAGUUGUAUGACGAGGACCUUUAGCAUUGAUAAGGCGAAGAGAGUCUUAGGGUAUAAGCCAAAGGUUAGCUUGCAAGAGGCUAUCAAGCGGAGCGGGGAGUCUUUCCAUCGUCUUGAAUCCAAAAAGAAAGCAUGA